AUGGGUGUCCCAGCACUCUUCCGCUGGCUGUCGAAGAAGUACCCGAAGCUCGUCACGUCGGUCAUCGAGGAGCAGCCCGUCCAGGUUCCCGGACCCGAUGGCGAGGUCGAGUUUCUCCCCGUCGACUCGUCGGGACCGAACCCGAACGGCGAAGAAUUCGAUAAUCUGUAUCUAGAUAUGAACGGUAUCGUGCAUCCUUGUACGCAUCCCGAAGGAAAGCCCGCACCGAAGACGGAGGAGGACAUGAUGCGCGAGGUCUUCAUCUACACCGACCGGGUCGUCUCGAUGGUCCGCCCCCGCAAGCUCCUCAUGAUGGCCAUCGACGGUGUCGCUCCCCGCGCAAAGAUGAACCAGCAGCGCUCUCGUCGUUUCCGUUCGGCGCAGGAAGCGAAACAGAAGGAGGAGGAUCGACAGAACGCGAUCAAGGAGCUUGAGGCGAUGGGGAAGGAGGUCAGUGAUGAGUAUAGGAACGAGAAGGGGUGGGACUCGAAUGCGAUCACGCCGGGAACGCCGUUCAUGGACUUGUUGGCGAAGAGUCUGCGGUACUGGGUGCGGAAGAAGAUCAAUGAGGACCCCGGAUGGGCAGGCCUCGAGGUCAUCAUCUCGGACGCGUCGGUUCCUGGCGAGGGCGAGCACAAGAUCAUGGACUUCAUCCGCCGCCAGCGCGUCUCUCCCGACCACGACCCGAACACGAAGCACGUCAUCUACGGUCUCGACGCCGACUUGAUCAUGCUUUCGCUCGCGACGCACGAGCCGCACUUCAAGGUCCUCCGCGAGGACGUCUUUGCGGAUGAGAAGAAGAAGGGGCGUGGGUGUCACCGCUGCGGACAGCCUGGACACCACUCGAGUCAAUGUACGGGCGAGGUGAAGAAGCCUGAGGCGGACUUGACGCCCAAGGGCGCGCCAGGCAGCCUCAAGCCGUUCAUCUUCCUCGACGUUGCGACACUCCGCGAAUACCUCGCCGUCGAGCUCUCCGCCCCGAUCCACACCUUCCCCUUCAACCUCGAACGCGCGAUUGACGACUGGGUCUUCCUCAUCUUCUUCGUCGGAAACGAUUUCCUGCCGCACUUGCCUUCGCUCGAGAUUCGCGAAGGAGCUAUCGACACUCUCAUCGGGAUCUGGAAGAACAGCCUCGAGCGCAUGGGCGGAUACUUGACCAACCACGGAAAGGUCGAGCUCAAGCGCGUCCAGAUCAUCUUCGAGCAGUUGGCGAUGCGCGAGGACGAGAUCUUCCGCAAGAGGCGUGAAGCCGAGGAGCGUCAGGACCGCGCCGAGAAGCGAAGAAAGAUCGAGCGCGAGCAGCGCGACCAGCACCGGAACGGCGGAGGCGGCGGCAACCACAUGCGCUUCCCCGAGCCGACCGCUGCGCCUGAGCAGGACUACGUCGAGGUCAACGCGAACGGUACCGUCGCGGUCACCGCCUCGGGACCUGCUGGACUUCCCGCCAAGCCGCAGUGGGCGGCGGAUGCGGCGGCCAAGUCGGAGGAGAAGGAGGCGGACAAGGGCAAGGAGGCGGCGUCGCUUGUCGGGUCGAACAAGUCGAUUGUCGCGAACCGGAUGGCAAUCCGCAUGGCCAACCUCUCGGCUGCCGACAUGCUCAAGGCCGAACUCGCUGCCGGCUCGUCUUCCUCCGACGCCAAGACCGAGACGCCCGCUGCGGAGGAGGACGACGCCGAGGUGAAGAAGGAGAAAGAGGCAGAGGAGGCGGGCAAGGCGGAGGCGGAGCGCAACUCGGCUGCGGCUGCCAAGCUCAAGGCCGAGAUGCUCGCUUCGUCGGAAGACCAGAUGGCGGAUGAGGCGACCUCCCCUCGCGGCACGAAGCGCGCUGCGCCACCCGACGACGGCGUCGGCUCGCAGGACCCCGAUGACGCGCUUGAUCCCGAGGUCGACGAGGACGACGAGGAGGACGCCGACGGCGUCAACGCGUUCCUCAAGAGCAGCCUCCUCCCGCCCAAGCCGGCGAUGGUCGCUGGUCUCGGUAUCGCUGAGCCCCCGCCUCUCAAGAUGCUCGGCAACAACGUCGUCGAGCAGGACGACACCGUCAAGCUGUGGGAGCCAGGCUACAAGGAGCGCUACUACCGGUCCAAGUUCGGCGUCGAGCUCAGCGAUGUCGAGUUCCGCAAGAAAAUCGUCAAGUGCUACGUGGAGGGGCUGUGUUGGGUCCUCCACUACUACUACCAGGGGACCCCCAGCUGGCAGUGGUACUACCCGUACCACUUCAGCCCCUUCGCUAGCGACUUUGUCGAUAUCGACCAACUCGAGAUCGACUUUGAGCUCGGCGCCCCUUUCCGACCCUACGAGCAGCUCAUGGGCGUCUUCCCGGCGGCGAGUCGCAUUCACCUCCCCGAGCCUUUCCAACCCCUCAUGACCGAGUCGGACUCGCCCAUCAUCGACUUCUACCCCGAAGAGUUCCACAUCGACAUGAACGGCAAGAAGAUGCUGUGGCAGGGCGUUGCGCUCCUGCCCUUCAUCGACGAGAAGCGCCUCCUCGACGCGAUGGCCGGCAAGUACCCGCACUUGAGCGACUUUGAGAUUCAGCGCAACGAGCGCGGCAAGGACGUCAUCCUCGUCGGCAACAAGCACCCGCUGUACGAUUACAUCGAGGGCUUGUACGGCAAGAAGAAGGCCAAGGAGCCUGUCCCGCUCGUCGCGAAGCGGAGCAAGGGCAUCGCCGGCGCCGUUCUUCCCGACGACACCGUUCCCGGCACGACCUUCGACUCGCCCUUGCCGUCGAUGCCCGACAUUGUCAACGACGAGUCGAUCUCGGCCUACUUCUUCUUCCCUCCGCAGACUCAGCCUCACCGAUCCGUCCUCCUCCCUGGCGCCAAACUCGAGCGCAGCAACUUGACGCCCUACGACAAGGACCAGGUGCGAAGAGGUGCGGGCGAACGGACGGAGAGCAACGGCUUCCACGCGAUGCGGCAGCGGGAUCAGGGCGGACCUGGGUUCGCCAAGGUUGACCGCGUUGGUCGAGGGACGCCGCAAGGGCGCGGCGGCUACCAAGGUGGAACAAACUCGUCGUACGGAGGAGGCGGAGGAGGUGGAGGGGGCUACGCGUCGGGAUACAACACGCCUGGCGGGUAUUCGAGCGGAGCGCAGACGCCGCAGGGGGCCUACGCGGGGUACGGUUACGGUCAAGGUGGUGGAGGAGGCGCGUACGGAGGAUACGCAGGCUACAACGCCGGCGCACGACCACCCGCCGCGUCUUACGGCGGCGCUGCCGGCUACGCUCUUCCAACAGGCUACAUCGCCCCUCCGCUGCCAUCCGGCUACCGACCGCCCCCGCCACCGCCUGCGCCUUACUACCCUCAGCAGACUCAGCAAGGGCCUGGCGGCGCAAGGUACCCUCAGCAGCCUCCCUCUUACCCUCCGUACAGUCAGUAUGGUGGCGCAGGCGGCUACGGCGGAUACGGAGGCCAAGGGAGGUACUGA